ACUCUAAACCCGGUUGAGAUUACAACACCCCCGUUGAUGGCCUCGUCUCUGAGCACUAGAGUAUCAUCGGCGUUAAUAAGAUCUCGACGGAGUUUUCCGUUCAUCGGCGCGUUUUGCGUGCUUUCGACUCUCUCUAUCUCCUCUCUUUCUUCGUCUUCCUUCAGAUCGGGCUGUGCACAGUCCUUGUCUGUUGUUCCUCUCUUAAGGUCUAAGUUUAGCAGUAAGGCUUCUUCUUCAUCAAUUAAAAUGGAGGAGAGCAGCAAAACUGUGCCCAGCAUUGUUGUUUAUGUCACUGUUCCUAACAGAGAAGCAGGAAAGAAGUUGGCUAACAGCAUAGUCCAAGAAAAGCUUGCAGCGUGUGUAAACAUUGUGCCUGGCGUUGAAUCGGUCUACGAGUGGGAGGGAAAGGUUCAGAGUGAUUCCGAGGAGCUCCUGAUAAUCAAAACAAGGCAAUCCCUUCUAGAGUCUCUAACCGAGCACGUCAAUGCAAAUCAUGAAUACGAUGUGCCAGAAGUAAUUGCAUUGCCUAUCACUGGUGGGAGCGACAAGUAUCUAGAAUGGUUGAAAAACAGCACAAGGAACUGAUAUCUCGACGUCUCGUAAGCUUUCCAGCGGUCGGUCAAUGACUUUGUAGUAUAGGUUUCCUUUACAUGUCAACAACAUCUGUAUUAAAAAUAAAACGUGUGAAGUGUAAUGACAUUUUGCUUUUUAAGUAAUACAGAUAUUGACUUUGUUGAUUUUUA